AUGGCAUCGGGCACCGUUUUCGUCAAUGGGCGAAUUCUAAGUAAAGCUGGGACUGGCCUCAAUGCUGAGCCGACUUUCGCGGACAGCAUGCUAGUCACAGAUGGAAAGAUCAGCGCCAUUGGAACACGGAAUGAGGUCGUACCUGAGGAUACCAGCAGCUUCGAAGUUCAAGAUCUCCAGAAGCGCACUGUACUCCCUGGGUUUAUCGACGGUCAUAUGCACCUCCUCCUCUUGGGCCAGUCACUGCGGAAACUAGACUUGGUUCACUGCAAAACAGUGGAGGACAUUCGGUCAACAAUCAAGUCUUAUGCUGAGGCCAACCCACAGGUGCCAUCCAUUCUUUGCAAAAAUUGGAUGCACUCAAUGACCCCAAAUGGUGUCAGUGCUUCCUUGCUCGAUGAUAUUGAUCCGCGUCCGAUAUUUAUCGAUGCGAGUUCCCAGCAUUCAUGUUGGUGCAACUCGGCGGCAUUGAAGGAACUCGGGGCUGCCCAAAUGCCGGAUCCCCCUGGUGGGAGCAUCCACCGCGAUGUCAACGGAAACCCUACCGGCGUCUUGGACGAGGGUGCAAUGAUGUCUGUCAUUUGGCCAUUUCAAGCUUCUUCUGCUCCUAAAGAAGAGCGUAUUCAAGCUAUAAAGGCUGCUAUCAAGGAAUACAAUGCAGCGGGAUAUACGAGCAUUGUGGAGAUGGCCAUGGAUGAAGAAGCUUGGGACGCCCUUGUCACACUGAAAAAAGACCAACCGGACAUUUCGAUACGAGUCGCUGCGUAUUGGCUGAUUAAACCUACGGCAGAUCUGGAGGCCAACUCCAAACAAGUCCGGCGUGCUCUUGAAUUGAGCAAGCAGUACAAUCUGAGCACUAGUCCAGACUUACGCGUGGUCGGUGUGAAGGUCAUAUGCGACGGCAUCAUAGACGCUUGCACGGCCUAUCUCUCCCAGCCUUACGCACCUGCAGGUCUGCCACCGCCGAUCUGGGAACCCGAGCACUUAAAUCCUGUCGUAAAGGAAGCAGAUUCAGGAGGCCUCCAAGUGGCACUUCACGCGAUUGGCGAUGCUGCGAUCAAGAUGGCUAUUGAUGCGAUCGAGAAAAACGGAACCCCUGGGCGGCGACACCGUAUCGAGCAUCUGGAGCUUGCGUCUCCCGAAGAUGCUCAACGGCUAGGCAAGCUGGGUCUCACAGCAUCUAUCCAUCCGGUGCACGCUGAUCCUUCAAUCCUCACAGAGUGGCCGCGUCUUUUGGGAGAGGACCGUUGUAAGCGAGCGUUUGCAUAUCGCGAGUUCGCCGAUGCAGGUGCCUUGAUGGCAAUUGGAAGUGAUAGCCCUACCUCCCCAUGGGCGCCUUUGCACAACAUCUACGUCGCAUCUACUAGACGGUCUUCAAGGAACCCGAAUUACACCAAGGUGGUGAAUGAGAAUUUCAAGCUAGGAUUGUGCGAGUCUGUUGUUGCGGCAACAUGGGGCGCCGCCAGUAGCGUGUUUGCUGAAGAUAGAACAGGAAGUUUGGCCAGUGGCAGGCUUGCGGACUUUAUUGUUGUAGAUAUGGAGUGGGAUGCGACUCGUUUGCUUAAUGCAGCUGUCAAGGAGACAUGGUUCGGUGGCAGGAGGGUGUGGGAGGCCUGA